AUGGGUGUCGAUGCCAGCGCUGUCCCAACAACAGAAACUCCGCUGCCCUGGCUAGUCCACGACAAGGGGCCCCUUCAUCUUGCCAUUGUCGUUACGCUGGUCUUGACCGCGCUGUUGGUUUACUCGCUCAGAGCCUUCACUCGUGGAAAGCUCCUUCGCUCCUUCGGCAUCGAUGAUGGACUAAUGGUUUUGGCCGCUUUAUGCACAAUAGGGAUCUUUAUCACGUUCACUGGAGUCGUAGAGCUCGGUCUGGGACAGCAGCAAGACGACUAUGUCUUACCCGCCAGCAAGACCGUCCAAAUGGGCCCGUGGAUGUGGGCGUUGAACUCAUUCAUCAUCUUCGGGCUUGGUCUCGUGAAGCUGUCGGCUGCUUUCACUCUCUUACCUCUUACGAGUGCUAGACGCCAGUCGUAUCUACAAAUGGGACGCACUUUCCUUCUCAUCUGCCUCAUCCUUCUAUUAUUGGGUCUCUUUGUAUGCGCUGUGGCCAUUAUCAGAACCCGAACGGUCUACACCUCUUGGGGUCACGUUGGCCAUCGCAACAACUUCGACUUGAAUUUCACUACCUGGGGCAUGAUCGAAUUUCUAGCUGCCAUGAUAGCCGUCAACCUCAGUACUUUGGUGCCUCUUGGUAGAGCAAUCCGUGAUCCUCUCGAUACACCCCGCAAAGCCCCGCGUGUGGCCGCCAUCUCUGGCCCCAUCGCCGGCAGCACUGUUCACCUCAUUCACGGCGAUGUCGACGAUCUCGUUCCCAGCUACUCCGAGUCUUACGAAUCGGAGAUGGACGACUCCUACAACUCGUAUAACUCCCGCUAUUCUGGCCAAACAGUCAUCUACCGCCCUGACACAGCAUACUUCCCCUCUCACGGCCAUAAUAACAACAGCCUGACACGCUUUCACGACGACGAAUCUAACCUUGACUUCGACAUUGAAGCACCCUCAACCCGAUCCAGCCCUCGUAGGGUCACAAAACCAGGACCGUCUUCGCGCUUCUCCGUAUCUACAGUCAGCACACGUAGAGUGAGCGACUGGUCACAACUCAGCGGCUUCACAUACUCUCCACCCAAAGACUCCGAUGCUGAUUUCGAAAAAGCGAUGAGCGGAAGAGCCAGGAUUAGUGCGGCGGAGCUCGAAGAGAUUGUCAAGAGCCUAGGAUUGAAGAGGCAAAGUAGUAACGAGAUUUGGGACAAGGAGAUCGGUCUCUUUGAAGAAAAAAGCGAAGACGGAGGAAGUUCCGUCGCGCCCACAAUAUACCUGGAAGACGACGAAGACGCCGUGGACAGCGCAGGAGUCCUAUGCACAUGCCCAGCACCACGGGUGCGGAACGGCGACGCAGGUGACUCUGCACUACAAAGCGAAGCAGACUCGAGCGAGAUCACCGUGAUACGCAUACGUGGCACAGCUAAGUGCAGUCUUCACAAACCCCUACCGCGCAUUCGAUCCCGCGAAUGGCUCGCGCGCGGAUGA